AUGCAUAUCAAUUCAAAUACUGUUUUACUCGGUCGAACAAUUCUUCUUGUUCCUUAUGGAAAACAUCAUGUAAAAAAAUAUCAUACAUGGAUGGAAAAUGAAGAAAUACAAGAACUAACUGCUUCAUUACCAUUAAGUAUUGAUAAAGAAUAUGAAAUGCAACAGACAUGGUUAAAUGAUAAAGAUAAAUGUACAUUUAUUAUUUUAUCAAAAGAAUUAUUUGAUCGAACACAUGAUGAAAUAGAAUCGAUGAUUGGUGAUGUGAAUUUAUUUUUAAAUGAUCCAGAUGAUGUUCAUUGUGGUGAAAUUGAAAUCAUGAUUGCUGAAGUAGCAGCACGACAUAAAGGUUACGGAAUAGAAACACUCUAUACAUUUAUUCGUUAUGCUAUUGAAACACUAAAAAUAACUCGAUUUAUCGUUAAAAUUGGUUUAAAAAAUUUACCAAGUAUUGCGCUAUUCACAACAAAAUUUAAUUUUCUAACAGUAACUAAAAAAAUGAAUUAG